AUGACAACUCUACAACGAUAUAAUCGUCUUAGAAAUGAAUAUAAUCAUUAUAAACGUCGUUCUAAAAUGUUACAUUCAAUAACAAUACAAAAACGAGAUGAACUUGAAAAUUUAAUUAAUCAUAUUAAUCAUUUAUUAUUAUUAGAAAAUCAAAUGAAUAUAUCUAUUCAAUCAAAUAAACAAGUACAAAUUGAAUCAUAUUUUUGUACAUAUGAUCAUGGUGAUCAUUCGUCUAUAUCACCAAUAAUUUCAUUAGAAAAAUUUUUAACUUAUGAAGAAUCUGAGGAUGAUGAUGAUGAUGAUCCUUUAUUACAACGUCUUAGAUUAACAAAACCAAGUCGAUUAAAAACUUCAUCACGACAAAUUUUAAAUACAAAUAAUUCAAAUAUUCUUGAUAAAAUACAUACAGUCUAUGAUGAAUAUCUUUCUGAAUGA